GUAUUUUCAAGUAAAGCACCUGUCAAACGCAGAUUGCCGUCAAUUUUCCCGAAUUUAACUUCGAAGGUCCAUAAAGAACACUUCGAUAUUUCUAUUUGAUAUAGAAUAAGAAAAACAUUAGCGAAGAUGCAAUGGCUUCAGCAUGCAGCAUAGAUGAAGAAAAUCAAGAUGGUUUAGACAAUGAACAUAUAACUGUCAAUGAUUCAGCAGAAAAGGAUCCCACACUGGUAGGAAAUACAGAUAGCGACAAAAACAGCAAAGUUCAAAUAUAUACCCACAAUGCACUGCAGCCCAAACCUCCAGUAGUCCGAUUUUCAUCUGCUAAGGGAGACAACACAGAACAAGUGGAGGUGAUUGAGUACACAGACACAGAAGUCAUGGACUCGGGUUCCUCCGGCGGGUCCAGGUGCUGCGGGGCGACUGAUGGACCACAUGUAACACUCAUGUCUGUGGUUCUUCUGCCCAUUGCCUUUUUAUCCUCUUUAGCUGUGGUCUUUUACUAUGGUGCUUGGACAUGGUAUAACUUGUAUAUACACUACAGCGAAGAAAGAACAAUCUGCCACAAAGUUCUCGUCUGCCCUGUCCUCAUCAUUACUUUUCCACUAACAGUCGGAUUGAGCUCCCUUGGGGUUGCAUUAUUUGCAGCUUUUGUUCAGAUCUCGUGGUCUUUCUACCGGUGGAAGACAGAAUUUUUAGAUUUUGAGAAAGGUUUCUAUGGCUGGUUGUGUUAUAAGUUAGGUUUACCGAUGUGUUCACCAUAUGAUGUCCUAGAGUACACAGAUGUCUCAGAGCUGGAACCAAUCAGAACAUGAUACCCUGCAUCACACAUAGAGCUGGAACCAAUCAGAACAUGAUACCCUGCAUCACACACAGAGCUGGAACCAAUCAGAACAUGAUCUGCAUGGUACCCUGCAUCACACACAGAGCUGGAACCAAUCAGAACAUGAUCUGCACGGUACCCUGCAUCACACACAGAGCUGGAACCAAUGAGAACAUGAUCUGCAUGGUACCCUGCAUCACACACAGAGCUGGAACCAAUGAGAACAUGAUCUGCAUGGUACCCUGCAUCACACAUGUAGUGAAUGUCUGAAAUUGUUGAUAGUAGCACUGCCAUAUUUGAUUGUCAGUACAUUUUGUAUGAAAUGAUGAAUGCAUAUUGAUCUUUUCCAUUUUGCUCCAUUAAUGUCUUCUUACAUAUUUUGUUUUUAAUUUUUUUUUUUAAAGUAUUCCAUUCCUAGGGAACAUUUUCAUCUUGGAGAAAGCAUAUUAUAUUUAUAUACAGUGAUAUUACAUGUAUUCUUAUUUAAUUUUCCAGGAUCUCUAUUUAUUGUGUAUGACACUUGUAUUUUUUUUGGUUGUAUUUUUGUGUUUAUGGUAACGAGGACUCCCAUGACAGUGGAUUCAGACUGGAGCUGUGGUGGAUAUUCUCCCCUUUUCCACAUUGAGUGAGACAUGACAUACAUUGCAUGUAAACAUGUCAGUUCGAGGUUGAUUAUUUUCAUUCUAGUUUUAUCAAAUCCAGUAUAAUUUUUUAUCUGCCAGCACAUUUACGUGAAGGUUGUAUUUUAUAUUGAAAGAGCUCGAAGAUCGGGUUUAAUUUUUAUUAUAUACCCAUCAAUGUAUCGUUCUUUGAUACUGUGGAUUUCACAGCGUGUGAUCCGGUUUUCCGGAUCACCACACUGGUUUUCUGAUUCCGUAUCAGUAUCCUCUGAAACUGAUGCUGUCACAAUGCAUCAACACAGCGUUAUUUGUGGAAAAUAUUGACCACGUCACAAAACAAAAAAGUAUAUCUGCGUACACAAAACAUAAUUUCACUGUAUGUCUGUAUUUUUUGAUAAUUUGGAUUACAUUUAGUAUCUUAUAAAUGCGGAUUUAAAAUACAUAGGGGGUAUAUAAUAAAUUUAUCAUUACUACAGUAACUUGAUCCGAAGAGUUGGAUCACGUCUCGUUGACAGGCGCGGAUCAUCAGAUCAAACUCGACACUUCGCGUCUCGUGUGAUCUGAUGAUCCGCGCCUGUCAACUCGACGUGAUCCGACUCUUCAGAUUAAGUUACUGUAGUAAUAAUAUAUAUUUAUUGAUACUUUUAAUUGUAAGAUCGAGAUUUGUACACUGACUGUAUCAAAGGCUAUUUUGUUUAGAAACAAUAUUAAAACUUGACAUUGA